AUGGACUCUCGCCAGCAUCCUUGCUCCUACGCGGGCUGCGGAAAGUCCUUCUCGCGCAAAGAACAUUUGUCGCGUCACGAGAAGACCCAUGAUCCGCAAAAUCUAUUGACAUGCCAGGUCUGCGGCCGGGAAUUUAAUCGAAAUGAUUCGCUUCAGAGGCAUCUGGCUCGACAUGGAGACGCUUACAAGCCAACACCUUCUGGCAGAAGCAAGCGAGCUUGCAUACCUUGCCGAGCUGGCAAGAUUAAGUGCGACGGAAACGACAAUUGUGCUACAUGCAUCAAGAGAAGCAUCGAGUGUGUAUACCGACCAGAAGAUCAGGUUGCCGAUGCAGAAAACCAAUCACACGGACGGACGAGUCCUCUAAACUCAGCAGCACUGCCAGGAUGUAUGGAGGUGGAUGAGCAGACGACGACUAGAGCGCUCCUUGGCCAAAUUCCUACUGAGAGAGCCCCUCUAGAGCUGAAGACUACCACAGAAGCACGCAAAGAAUCUGAAGCUUUCAAGUUGACUGGUCCCACUGGCUUGGUCGAUUGGUCGACCAUCCAAAUUCGGCGCGAUACGCCUUCGGACAACAUUGAGAACCCGUCACCAGAUCCAACGUCCGCUCAGUAUCUUGAGGCCUACUUCAACCAUUUUCAUCAUCGUUGGACUCUUGUCCACCGACCUGCGUUCGAGCAGGAGGAAGACACUCUCGUCAUGUCUUCCGCAAAGAUGAUUGGUGCCUGGCUUGUAGGAACCUGCGAGUCGAAAUCAUUUGCAACAACCUGGCACGAUGCUCUGGUUGAGCAGCUACUCCCCCGUCUGUGUACCGUGACUGCCCAAGAUAGACUAUAUCAGUCCUUGUCUCUCGAUUUAUGUCAAUCCGCCCUUCUAAACAUUGUAUUUGCUCUAUAUUUGGGGAACGACAGUGUAGUAUCUAGGGCUGUGAUGUUAAGAUGCAUUCUGGUUUCUGCUCUCCGAGAGGUAGGAUUCUUCAAGUCCGAAACGGCCUGGAUCGAUGAAAAGCCAGGGUAUUUUAUCCCUAUGCGCCUCGUUAGACUAGGUCACAGACAGAGGCUGGCAGUAUAUCUCUUCAAGAUCGAUGCAUACAUGAGCAUACUCCGAGAUCAGCCCGCCAUUGUCGUAUCGGAAGAGCUGCAUUUUCCUCUUCCCUGUGCAUUUGCAUUGUACAAUGCCGAUGGACUUCACAUGUGGGAGCAACGUCAGGCAAAUGAACCAAUUUACCGUAGCCAGAAGUCGAUAUCAGAAAUCAUCUCAGAAAGCGCACUAGCCCCCAUACCAGGAAACGAGACGCCGAUGCUCGUAGAAGAUACACAAACAUGCCUCGCCGCUCUACAAUCCAGCAUUUGGAAGGCAUGCGCGUCUCCUGCUUCUCAAGUUGGACUAGUUCUCCAGAAAGAUUCUCUCAGACGGCAACUAGACAACAUUAAAUCGCGACUGGAUACUAUACUCAACCAAGAUUCUGGGGUUCUUGAAUUUGGGCAAGAGGAACAUCUACCGCUGCGGUACUAUUACGGCUACGAAGACCAUGCCCGACCUGGAUGGCAGAAUGUGGUGGUCGCACGCGUGAAAGGUCUCCUCUUUGACACCAUUAUAUUCUAUCAUCUCCUCAGUCUCCAACUAUUCGCCGAAGUCAGGACACUCACGAAUCUCGCCAAGGACCGACAUCUAGGCACCGUCGAAGAAGCCUCUGCAGUGCAUCGCCAAGCUCGAGAACAGCGCAUAACCUCCAUGAAACAGUGGGGAGCCACACCAACAGCACGGUGGUCUCUAUGCCACGCAGUUGAUAUUCUCGCCGUCCAUCAAAACAUAGCAUAUCACGACGGAGCUGGGAAUGGGGCUUCUGUCCGUAUGCUAGACCCGGUGGCACACAUCGCCGUCAGCGUUGCUGCGCUCGUAAUAUGGGUCUAUUGCACAUUGGACAUCCAGGGGUGUGAGAUCUGCACGCCAGGAAGCGCAACAAUUAUCGAGCUGAUGCGUUGGAGCGUAUCCGGCGCUCAAUACGCAAAGGAGAAGGAUACAUGGAUUGAAGAAGGCAAGGGAUGCCGAGUCCAGCUCCAAGGCAUCCAAUUGUGUAGCUGCAACGUAGACCGGCUGGUGGCGUUAUUUCAGGUAUUUGUACCGGAAUCGUGGACAGCUGCCGAUUCGAUUGCACCUGGGGUUUUCAAGAACCUGUCUUGA